AUGGCCAUACUCUUUGGGAAAAAAAAGGGCCAUUUAGAGCUACCAAUCAGUAAAAAUAAACCGAAAUUGAGUCCGAAGCGCAAAGGCGAUGGCAUGUUGAAUCGGAUAAAAUCAAGGCAAUUGCUGAGAAGCAACAGCUCGGUGGUAAUCAUUCUUCUCCUCCUGGCGGGGGUUUUUGUCAUACGGCGUUUGUUCCGAGAUUCUGACAUAAGUUAUGGGUCGCCCAUGGUAUUAGAAGAAUCAGAAUAUUACGACUACGAUUUUUUGAAAACUGAUAGAGAAGCAUUGGCAAAAUACGACCUCGGUUCUGAACACUAUCUGAUCUCCAAUGGUGGCUUGGAUGUUCUGACACCAGCGGAUAAAGACCUCUACAAUAAGGAGAUAAAUAUGCUUUACGGGUCGACGGUUCAGAAAUACAAUCUCGAAGCGUUCCGAGGCUCUCCUAAUGGUGUGAAGAACAGAGAACACGUUCUACUGCUUGUACCCCUCCGUAAUGCGGAAAGAGUUUUACCUCUCAUGUUCAAAAAUCUCAUGAAUUUAACAUAUCCCCACGAACUUAUAGAUUUGGCGUUUCUCGUAAGUGACAGCACAGAGGACGAUAAUACUUUGACUGCCUUAAUAGAUUACUCUCAGGAAAUGCAGAGCGGGUCUUUGUCCGAACAGUUAGCCGAAACUGAGAAUAAAGCUGAUUCAGAAAUGAAGGGUACCCGAGAUUUAUUUUUGAAGUACAUGCGCCCAUCCUACUUGGAAAUGGUCAAGAAUGCCUAUAGUCCUCCUUUCCAUGACAAUUACGACAAGCCUUUUCGUUCGGUUCAAAUUUUUCAAAAAGAUUUCGGCCAAGCGAUAGGUCAAGGUUUUUCUGAUAGACAUGCUGUAAAGAAUCAAGGAAUAAGGAGAAAGCUCAUGGGCCGCGCCCGUAACUGGUUGACAGCGAAUGCUUUGAAACCCUACCAUUCGUGGGUCUAUUGGAGGGAUGCAGACGUGGAAUUAUGCCCCGGCUCCGUAAUUCAAGAUUUAAUGGCCAUCGACUAUGAUGUAGCAGUUCCUAACGUGUGGCGUCCUUUGCCUGAGUUCUUAGAUGGAGAACAGGCUUAUGACUUGAAUUCCUGGCCCGAAUCUCCAGAUGCUUUACGCUUAGCUAGUAGUUUGGACGAAGAUGACGUGAUUGUCGAAGGAUACGCUGAGUAUGCAACAUACAGGAUACAUUUGGGGUACAUUAGAGACCCUGAUGGAAACCCAAAAGACAUUCUCGAACUUGAUGGUGUCGGUGGUGUUUCUAUUCUCGCAAAAGCACAACUGUUUAGAAAUGGUGUUCACUUUCCAGCUUUUACUUUCGAAAAUCAUGCGGAAACUGAGGCGUUUGGAAAAAUGGCUAAAAAGAUGGGGUAUAGAGUAGCCGGUUUACCAAACUAUACCCUAUGGCAUAUCUACGAACCAAGUGAUGACGAUUUGAAACUCAUCGCAGAGAAGGAGAGAGGCAGCAAGAGAACCGCCGACGGCGGACCUUAA